UCACGGCCCCAUGGAGCCCGGCGGGGAACGCGAGCUGCAGCGGCGGCGGCACCUCCCCGAACUCAGGCACCAGGCGGCCGAGUAUUAUCGGAGCAACGAAGUCCCACAACGGCUGGAGGAGGCGCUCAACGCCACGUUCUACCUGCGCCCUCCGGACCUCUACGGCCAUCUGGCUAACUACUUCUCUAAAUUUUCAAAACCUCCAGUAAUAUGCAAAUUAAUUGGAAGGAAGGUCCUUGAUGGAAUUGGUCGACCAACUUUAGAAGUGGAAAUAUUUUGCACAGUUAAAAACCAUGAGAAGAGCAUUUGUUCCAUUGUGGUCUCUUCUCACUCUGAAAUCCUUGACAGUGCUUCACCUGAAGCAAUUGAUGCUGAUGAGAACGAAAGAAAUGACUCUGUUAAUAGAGCCCUGGAAUGGGUAAAUGGAUCACUGAAUGAAAUGCUAAGAGACCUGCAACCUGCUGACCAGUGUAAAGCUGAUGAGCUGCUUGGUGAAUACUUUGCAAAGAAGGUAGAAGAAGAAAAAGAAAGAAAGGCAAUUGAAAAGGAAGAACAAGAAGCAGCAAUUUCUGCACCUGCAUAUGUUCCAGCUUUAUCAGCUGUAACACCAUCUGGCAAAAAAAAAGGAGUCAAAUUAGGGAAGAAGAGUUCUGUUGCAGAGAAACCAAUCUCACCUGCAGAACCUAUCGAACCAGUGCUCUGUGGCAGCAUAGCCAUUGGAGGAUUAUCACUUGCUGUUGCUAAAACUGGUGCCACCAUUAACAACACACCUUUGUACCUACAUCUUGCAUUGAUGAAACAUGAUCAGGAUUUGCCUAAGGAGUUGACUAUGCCGCUACCAAUGGUCACUCUGCUGAGCUGUGGAAAAUCGUCAUCUGGAAAACUGAAAUUAAUGAAAGAAGUGAUGCUCAUACCACCAGCAGAGUUAACAGUUAAACAAGGUAUUGAAAGGCUUCUGGAGAUUCAGAAACAAAUGAUGAGAUUGCUGGAUCCUGUAAGCAAAGGGCCAUCAGUUUUAAAGAGAAUAUCCCAUUUGGGGUGCUUAAUAACAGGGUGCGAUAGUCUGGAACAACCUCUGAUCUUACUGCAAACAGCUUGCAGGAAUCUAGGUCUGGAACUAGGAACAGAUGUACAUUUAGCAAUAAACUGUGCUGCUCAUGAAUUGAUGGACUAUACCAAAGGAAAAUAUGAAAUACUGACUGGAACACUCAAGAGUCCUGAUGAAAUGGUCGAUAUGUAUGUGGACCUAAUUAAUAAAUACCCCUCAAUUAUUGCAUUAAUAGAUCCCCUGAGGAAAGAGGAUGGCCAGCAAUGGAGCAAUAUAUGUAAUGCUGUUGGUUCCAGAUGUUAUUUGAUUGCAGAAGAUGCAGCCAAAAGUAUUUCUAAACUUGUGGAGGAUCAAAAUAUAAACGUACCAAAAUGCAGUGGUCUUAUAAUAAAAUAUACAAAUCAAACCAAGAUAUCUGACCUCACAGAACUUACCCGACUUCUAAAAGGUCAAAGACAUAUUGCCAUAUUAGGAAGUCCAGCUGGAGAAUCUUCUGAUGAUAGCCUUGUAGAUCUGGCUGUUGGCCUGGGUGCCAGGUUUAUCAAGUUGGGAGGUCUUUCCCGUGGAGAAAGGGUGACCAAAUACAACCGCCUUCUUGCUAUAGAGGAAGAACUGGCCAAGAAUGGAACACUGCGUUCAGGAGAAAACCAUGAAUUUGUUGAUUUUGCUGAAGAGGUACUAACAGUGGAAGAACUUCUUGAUGCACUCCCUACCACGGAGCAGGACCCAUGGCCUUCAGAGCAUUCUCAGCCUCUGCUGGCCCAGGACCAAAAUCCUGUUUCCCUACAUGGUAGUACACUGCAUCUCAAUGAAGCUACCAACUUGGACCCAUCAAUAUUUCCUUGACAGCUUGGCACUAAGGUGAUA